AUGUCGUCUAGACCAAGGUGGGUUGUUGUUAAUGGCGCAGGUGUAAUUUUAAUUGUAUGUGAUGAGGAAGUUUCUCGUUAUGAAACCGCUACUCUAACUACAAUUGGUGUUCCUACUGUAUUACUUCCUCCUCCAACAAUAGCCAUGGAUGAGCCUCUUGUUGUAGGGCUUCCUGAUUUAGAGCCUUAUGCAAGGCUCUUCCAUAGGUAUUGUGCUAUUGCUAGUCCAAGUGCUACUCAAAUACUUCUUCUUGGAUUAUUAGAAGUACCACCUUCAUGGGCUCUAGAUGCUCUUGAUCCUCUUGUUCAACUAGUCGAGCUUCUUAGGGUAGUUGAAGAUUAUGCAUCUGGGAUGUGGCAUAGGCAAACAUCCAUGUCCUUCGAAACUAUGGAUGAUGACCAAGUCUUACUCUAUGCAGUCGAUGGUGGCGAAGUUCAAUUCAAUGGUGAGGUUACAAGGCUUAAAGUUGCUAUGAAGAUUGUCAAAGGAUAA